AUGGAGGAGGGAUGGCCCUUGGUGUUGGUGAAGGACCUCAGUGCUCAAGACAUUUUGUUGUUGAGGGAGUCGGCGUUUGAUGACAGCGGGUUGUUAGUAAAGAGCUUUAUGGACUGGAGAGAAGAGUUGGAGCGGCAUGCUGAUUAUGAGGCUCGAGUGACUUUAUUGCGGCUGUCCAAGGCGAACCAGCAGUAUACGAACUUUGCUUUGCAGGAUGUGGUAGAUGCUUUGGCAGCGCAUAUUCGGAGUAGCUAUAAAGGGCGGGAAAGCAAGCCGGCAAUAGACGAUGUGCCGUCGGACAUUUUGCGCAUUUUGGGAAUUGACACGUCCGAUCCGGGUUUCGGUCUGAACUUCGACGGUUUCAAAGCAGCUGUGCCGGCGGCCAGUGCCGCGGGGAAUGAUGUGCAUGCUACGUUAUCGAACCUGCUUAGUAUGAACCCAACGAAGGCAGAGUCUGACCGACAGAGUCGUUGGCAGGAGCAGUUGAACGCGAUAAGUUUCCAAGAGGCUCAGAGCAUCAUGGGUGACAAAGGUGAUGGAACUUUACGCUGGUUACAGGAGAAAACAGCGGACGCGAUUAAGCACGAUGUCAUUCGGUCGCGCACACAGGCGCUUCUCAUGGUCGUGGUAACGGAUGCGUUAGAGGCUCUGUGGGACCUGCACAUCGACAACCGCAGCGAGAGCGACUCAAUGUUCGUGUAUGACGCAGUGGAAAGCAAAUGCGGUGCUGUGGGAGUACAGGUGUUGGUGGACUGCUUGGAUUUUACGCAGAAGUUCAUUACUCAGCUUGCGGUCUUUAAGAAAUAUGUAAAGGUAGACACUGCAGGCAGCAUCGCCUCGACGGUCAGCUCUCAAUCUCCAACUCAGGUGCCCCGCAAGGACGCGCCCUUUCUCGAAAACCUGGGCCAAGUCCGCGAAGAGCGCACGGUGGAAAAUAAGUUGGCUAAGUUGAAGCACAAGAUGGCUUCGCACCCGACGCUGCCUCUUGUCGUCGACAGCCACAACUUCCCUAUCCUGGUGGCGCUGGACGUGCUAGACUUCACUAUGCGCACCAACCAGACGCCGCAGGAAGUGGCCGGCGGAGCGCCUAAGAAGACCGAUGCGGCUCUUCCCGAAGGUACGGUCGUGAACAAGGAGGCCCGUUACACAGAGUACAUAAUCCCGCCGCAGAGCAAGCACUUCGACCCCAACAACCCCGACCGGGAGAAGACGGAGGGAGAAGACGCGUUGAUUCCCAUCAGUUCGCUACCCGAUUGGUGCCAAACCAUCAUGUACGGCAUCAAGAACCUGAACCGCAUUCAAAGUGCAGUGUUCGAAGCGGCGUUUGAAGGCGACGAGAACUUGCUGAUUUGUGCACCCACGGGAGCAGGCAAGACCAAUGUGGCGUUAUUGACCAUCAUGCAGGCCCUCAGACCCUACCUUGCCUUCCAGGGACGGACGCCUGCCUCGCACGAGUUCAAGGUCGUCUACGUGGCACCGCUCAAAAGCUUGGUCACAGAAAUCGCCAACAAAUUCGCAGACCGACUCGGCCCCAUGGGACUCAAGGUAGCCGAAUUCACUGGAGACAUGCCCCUCACCAAACCAGAACUUGAUAUGGUCCACGUCGUCGUUACCGUUCCCGAGAAAUGGGACAUCCAAACGCGCAACGCCAAGGAUGCUGCACUUGGGCCACUAAAGCUGCUGAUCAUCGACGAAGUACACUUAGUCGGCGAAGACCGUGGCAGCAUCCUUGAAGCCACGGUCGCACGUAGCUUCUCCUACAUGUCUGACGCCCAGAAACGCCACCGCAUUGUCGCCUUGAGCGCCACUCUGCCCAAUUACAAUGACGUUGCUCUAUUCCUCGAAGUGAAGAGAGAGAACGUCUUCGUCUUUGGCGACGGCUACAGACCCAUCCCCCUGCGCCAAACCAUUAUGGGCCUAAUUGCCCGGAACGUGCGCGAAUAUAACGACUUGCUUGUUGAGGAGACUUACAAUAAAAUCGUGCCCACGCUCAAAAAUGAUAAACAAUGCAUGGUCUUCGUACACAGCCGAAAUGAGACUCUUAAAACCGCUAACGCUUUACUCCUAAAGGCACAAAAAGCCGGAACCAACAGCCUCUUCACCAGCCGAGUCAAGGACGGCUCUUUCAUGAAAGACAUAAAAAAAUGCCAGCACGAACAACUCAGAGCCCUGCUCGUUAACGGCAUUGGAAUUCACCACGCCGGUCUCUCAAGACCCGACCGACGAUUGGUAGAGACUCUCUUCCAUAAAGGUGCCCUCUCCGUCCUGUGCUCCACGGCUACUCUGGCCUGGGGUGUCAACUUGCCCGCCCAUCAGGUCAUUAUCAAGGGUACCCAGAUCUUCGGUGAAAAUAAAGAUCUCGGCAUCCUGGACGUGCUUCAGAUCUUCGGGCGUGCUGGACGUCCCGACUUUGACAUACUCGGUGAUGCAGUCCUUAUCACUGAGAUCAACAAACUUGACUUCUAUCUCAAGCAACUUCUCAGACAAACGCCGCUCGAAUCUUCCCUCGAGAAAAGCGUUGCGGACCAUCUCAACGCGGAAAUUGUGCUAGGAAAUAUUCCCGACAUGCGCGCUGCUGCUCAAUGGAUCAGACACACUUUCUUAUUUGUGAGAAUGCGCCGCAAUCCAAUCCAUUACGGCAUUACCACCAACCAGUUCAACAGAGACAGUACUCUGUAUGAAUCAAGGAUGCUACUCGUUCAAAAAGCCACCACCAUGCUGUACCAACAACACCUUAUCCGAAGGAGCGUUGCAGGUCCGUCCAGCACUCUCUCGGCCACGGGACUAGGGCGAGUGGCUGCCAAAUACUAUGUGCACCACAACACAAUCGACGCCUUCAACAAAGCCCUCUCCACUGGCCUCGUGGAUGACCCCAGCCCCCAUCGAAUUCUAUUGCUCGUUGCCGGUGCUGAUGAAUUCGAGUCUUUAAGAGUCCGCGACGAGGAAAUAGAGGAACUAACUGUUUACAAACAAAAGGCGCCCAUAGCCAUCAACACUUCUGUCGAUGAGGUCAAAACCAAGGUUGCGCUGCUUGUUCUCAUGUGGCUGGAAGAAAGAUGGCCCACCUCUUUCUCUCUGGGCACAGACCUGAACUUUGUGACCCAGUCAUACGGUCGUCUGCUCAGAGCCUUCACCGAGAUAUGCUUUAUUCGCCAGAUGGGUACCUCUCAGGUUGCCUUGGCUGCUUUGACGUGGUCUAAUGCGCUGCACACACGUGUGCUACCGACUGAGAACGUUUUAGCGCACUUUAUUAAAUCGAAUGAUCGCACGAGGAAAUCGAAGAAGGAUGCUCUAGUGGUUUCUCCGAGGGCCGUUAGCCACUUAGCAGGGUACGCCUUUGAGGAUUUACUAGCGCUGUCUGUCAGCGAGCUGAGUUACUUGACAAGAACUCCGGCGGAUGGGCGCGCUUCUUUCGAAUUGGCGCGCAAGAUCCCGAACUUCGAAAUUGAUUGCAAGAUUGUACCCGUGACGUUUGCAAUUGUCAGCAUCACGUUGCGGCUGGUGCCUAUAUUUGAGUGGAACCCGAGAUAUCACGGUAAAGGCGAGAGUUUCCGGAUUAUUUUGGUGAAUCCGGUGACCAAGGACAUCCUUCAUGCUGAGGAUUUGUUGCUGAAACAUGAGAACGUGGCGAUAAUUCCGCGGAAUCUAAUACCUGGUCGUAACCGCGGAGGCAACAAGACUGGCGGGGAUGGUCUGGGAGUUGGCAGUACUUAUGGAAGUGACCGAGAGCGCAUAUUUGAGGAUCUAGGAAUUACUAUAAAAUUCAACGUGCCACUCCGAGACCCGCGACCGCCGCAGUAUAUGUUACAUGUGGUUAGUGAUAAGUGGGUGAAUGUGAGUUGCACGGUUGUGUUCCAGCUGGAUAACAUGCUCAUGCCUAAUUACAACCAGUUGCAUACAGAUCUGCUGCCGUUGUCUCCGAUUCACAAGUCGGCUCUGAAUAAUUCUAGGUACGAAUCUCUCUACCGCUUUAGCUUCUUCAACCCCAUUCAGUCCCAGGUGUUUUAUUGCAUGUACCACACCGGCCAGAAUUCUCUGGUGGGCGCUCCCACGGGUGCGGGUAAGACUAUUUGCGGCGAGCUGGCUUUGUUGCGUCUGUUCAACACGCAGCCGAAGCGGAAGUGCAUUUAUAUCGCGCCUCUGAAAGCCUUGGGCAAAGAACGGCUGAAGGACUGGACAGUGAGGAUGAGCAAUAUUGGGAAGCUGGUGGUGGAGUUAUCUGGUGACCUGACUCCUGACUUGGCGGAGUUGAAACGUGCGGAUGUGAUUAUUACGACUCCGGAGAAGUGGGACGGUAUUAGUCGUCAUUGGCAGCAUCGUGAUUACGUGAGAGAAGUGGGCUUGAUGAUCGUGGACGAGAUUCAUUUGUUAGGUGCGGAUCGCGGUCCGAUUCUGGAGAUGAUUGUGAGUCGGAUGCGGCACAUUUCGAUCCUAUGUCACGACAUUGAGACGCGUUUUGUGGGUCUGAGUACAGCCUUAGCUAAUGCCGUGGACAUUGCCCGUUGGAUUGGGGUCAACAAGAGGGCGGUUUUCAAUUUCCGGCCGUGUGUGCGGCCAGUGCCUUGUUCGAUCUUCGUCAAGGGUUUCAGUGAGGCGGCGUAUUGCAAGCGCAUGGGUACGAUGAACAAACCGGCCUUCGCCGCCAUUUUAGAGCACUCGAUCGACAAGCCGGUGUUGGUGUUUGUGUCCUCGCGUCGACAGGUCCGCAUUACGGGCAAGGAGUUGUUGUGGCUGAGUCGCACGCACGACCCGCCGUUGAGCUUUUUGCACUGCCCAGAGGAGGACCAGGCGGUGUACGAGAAUCGGGUGGAGCAACAGGCGGAGGAUGAGGACCUGGUCGAGUGUCUGAAGGGGGGUGUAGGUUUGCACCACGCCGGAUUGAGUGUGAGUGACAGGCAGUUGAGCGAGCGGCUGUUUUUGGAGGGCAAGGUUCAGGUGUUGGUGGCGACAAGUACCUUGGCUUGGGGUGUGAAUUUGCCUGCGCGAUUGGUGAUUUUGAAGGGUACAGAGUACUACGACGGUGCAACGCGUAAGUACGUGGAUAUUGCGAUUACGGAGGUGUUGCAGAUGAUUGGUCGUGCGGGUCGGCCGCAAUUCGAUACGGAGGCGAGUGCCUGUGUGUUCCUGUGUGAGAAUAAAAAGCAAUAUUACCGGCGGUUUUUGUAUGAGCCGUUCCCUGUGGAGUCAUCAUUGCAUGAGCACUUGACGGAGCAUCUUAAUGCGGAGAUUGUGAGUGGUACAAUACGGAGUAAGCGGGACGCGAUCGAGUUUUUGUCGUGGACGUACUUCUUCCGGCGUGUGCUGAACAACGUGAGUUACUACGAUGAGGAGUUGUGUGCGGACAUGACGUUAUUCGACGAGGGUGAUAGCAAAGCCGAUGUGCAGAGGAUGUUGAAGGAACAGAUUGCUCGUUACAUUGACCGGGUCAUAAGCCGGACGGUGUUAAGACUUCAGGACGCAGGUUGUGUACAGAUUACGAUUAACGACGACGACCGGGACUUGGAUUUAAUCGACCGUGUAGACAUACCCUUCUGUGACCGUGUUCGAUUGGCGCCGACUGGGUUAGGACGGAUCUGCAGUCUGUACUACAUUUCGCACGCCACAGUGGCGUUGUUGGCCAAACGGUUUUCGGAGAAUAAGGUGUUUAAUUUUUACACCGUUAUCCGACUACUCUGCGACUGCGUGGAGAUGUCCUAUGUGCCCGUGCGCCAUUCGGAGGAUGAGAGCAACCUCAUGUGGCACCGUUCUACCUUGUUGUUGCCGCUGGACGUGAGUCGCAUCACGAAGGGCGGGGAGAAGGCAUUGGCGCUCUUCCAGAUGAUAAUGUGGCGUCUGAAACCGCCUGUGCACGACUACUGGGUGGACUCGAUGAGCAUGGUCGCGGCCUGUAUGCGUUUGAUUCAGGCAAUGGCCGAUAUUUGUCGCGAAGUUGGCUGCCUCAGUGGCUGGCGUAGUCUGCUUCUCUUUCUCCAGUGCGUCUCGCAAAGUACCAACCCCUUCCGCUCCGAUCUCUACUGUCUGCCGCACGUGACCAAAUUCCGGCAUCACAAGGCGCUCGUUGCCGCUGACGCGUCCACUAUCGCACAGGUGCUCUACGGCGACCGCCGCAAAAUCCGGGACAGUCUGCUCGCCGCAGGUUGGGCCAACGCACAGUGGGCCGAGUUCGACCAGGUCGUGCGCAUGCUGCCGCGGCCCAAACUGGAGGUCUCACUCUGGAGGCGUGCGGGCGAGGAGGAGGAGGAGGAGUGGGAGCCGGUGGAGCGGCUGGAGGAGGAGGGGGUUGAGGAAGAGGGGGUGCGGUUUGCGGUGUGUGCGGCAGACGUGUUGCAGUUGCGAAUCAGUCGUUCGAACCACCGCGGUUGGGCUUGCGAAGGCGAGCCGCCGGCCGAGCCGGUGGACCCAGACUUGGCGUAUACACCGCGGUGGCCGCGACGACGGGUGUUGACAUGGUGGUACGGUCUGGGAGAUGUUGCGGCAGACGAGUUGGUGGACUUUGUGAAAACGCGGAGCGGGCGGACUUCUUUAACCUUUUCGCUGCCGGCUGGGCGGCGGACGGCACUGGACCUAAGUCUGUGGGUGGGGCCGGAUUGCUAUGUGGGUUUGACGCAGACGCACCGACUGGCUGAGCACCGACUGGCUGCGCCGGAUGGGAGUCCGGCGUCGAGUGCGUAUUUGUCACCGCGUGAGUCACCGGAUCCGGCAGCGUGGCGACCGCGGACGGAGCGGGCUGGUGAGGAUCUGUCACCGGCUGAGGCGACACGUACGGUACCGUCGCGAGCGACGCAGCACUGUGACUUGGCGACAUUGUGGGCGAACUUUGGUGGAGAUGAUAACCCGUUUGGACACCAGUUGAUGAAGUUUGGAUUGCUUCAGCCGAAGCGGGUGGCAUUUGAGUGGGUGAGUGCUGAUGGGGAGGUACAGGAGACCUAUUUGUUUUCGGACCUGUUGGAACGGGCUUUGAUAAUCGGGGAUUAUCUGCGGAAUGAGUUGCAGCUGCGUGUCCAGGACCGUGUGAUUCUCUGCUACCCACCGGGCAUGGACUUUAUUCCCGCCUUCUUCGCGUGUUUGAUUAAUGGUGUGGUCGCCAUCCCUGUCUACCCACCGGAUCCGACAAGAGCGGCAUUUGACUGUCAACGCUUCUUGUCCAUUUGCGAGACGGCUUCCGUCACACACGCACUGACAAACGCUUUAUAUUACAACGUGACCCGGAUUUUGCCCGCGUUGUACCGCCAGAAUCCUGAGGCGUGGAAGCGGCUACAAUGGCACAACACGAGUUCUUUAUUGCGCCGAAAGGUGGGCACGUCCUUCCUGAACGAUUUGCUGCGCUCCUACCGCCUGCCUGCACUGGACCCCGGCUACACGGCCUUUCUGCAGUUCACAUCGGGCAGCACAGGGCAGCCCAAGGGCGUGAUGGUCAGUCUGGGAGGCCUAUUGCACAACUGCCACUUGUGCAUCUCCACCUUCGGUUUCCCCACACACCUCGAUGACCCGACUGUGCAUUCGAGCAUUGACGCCGUGCCCUUCACCGAGUUCGAGAACUGGCUGCAUUUCUUCCGCCAACCCAUUCACCUACAGAGCGUCGGGCAUGAGUGUCGGGUCUUCAGCUGGCUGCCCGUCUAUCACGACAUGGGCUUGAUCGGAUUCGUGUGCACCCCUGCGCUGUUUGGUGGGUGUGUCUACCAAAUGUCGCCGCUGGAGUUUAUUAAGAAGCCCUGGUCUUGGCUGCACUGCAUGAGCAAGUUCCACGCCAUGUGUUCGGCUGCGCCUAACUUCGCGUUCGAGCUGUCGGUGCGCAAAAUGCCGCCGGAUAUCUAUGACCAAAUUGAUUUAACGAGGGUUGCCGGACUCCUGUCGGGUGCGGAGCCCAUCAAGCGCCACACGAUGUGCGCGUUUAUGGCUAAGUUCGGACCGAAAGGCUUGAACCCUAAUGCGAUCCGGCCGGCGUAUGGACUUGCGGAAAAUACUCUGAUUUGUUCGGGCCCCAGGUCCUUUUACUCCGUGCCGAAGUUUCUGGUGGUCAACAGCAAUGUACUGCGAGACGAAGGGCUCGUGCAGUUCCCCGACAUGGCCGCAUUGCAGCCGAAGCUGGAGGAGUGUCUGGGGCGAUCGUUGCCUCCUGAGGUCCUGUUGACGGCGCGCAAGUUGGCCGGUCGUCGCCAGAAAGAUUUCCCCGAGGCACACCACGUCCUGGACGAUACGGAGCAGGGUCUGUCGAUCGACGUGUGGGAGAAGGCUGGGUGCCUGACGCUAUACGCGUGCGGCGAGCCGAUGCCGGGUGUGUGUGUGCACAUCGUCAACCCAGAGACCAGGCACGAGGUGCCUGAUGGCGUGGUGGGCGAGAUUUGGUUUAACUCGCCAUCGCGCGCGAAGGGGUAUUACGGGAACCCGGAGCUGACGCAAGCGACGUUCGACAACGCGUUUGUCAAUCUGGAUGGGAGCGAGUGUGUACACUUCUUCCGUACGGGCGAUGCGGGGUUCCGGUUGUACAGUGAGUUGUACAUCGUGGGCCGCAUUAAGGACAUGUUGAUUAUCCGCGGACGCAACUACUUCCCACAAGACAUCGAAGCCUGUGUGGAAACGCUCCCUGAAAUCCGGGCGGGCUGCACGGCGGCCUUUGCGAUCGAGGAGGAGGGUGAGGAGAAGUGCGCGAUCGCGGUGGAGAUCCGCGAGUUCUUACUCCAGGGCAAGAAGUCCAUCGGCGCCGCGCUAUCUUCGGUUUGGAAAGGGAAACAGUUCGAGGAGAGCGCGGUGAUCGCGGUCGUCGACCGGGUGGUCGGCGCUGUCUCACGACUCAUCGGCCUCCAAGUCGCCGGUGUUUGGCUCUGCCGACCCGGCGCCUUGCCCAAGACCAGCAGCGGCAAAUUACGUCGCACGAUGAUCCGUGACCAACUGCUCGCCAAGGACCCCGCCAUCUUGAAAAACGUGCUGUACUGCCCCGAGGACAUUCAGGCCUGCAGACCCCACCAGGCUCGAGCCAUGAAAAAGGGCGUUUCCAGCGAAGACGUCACCGCCCAGGAGGGUACGGCCAGUGGAAACCGAAUGGGUGGAGGCCGAGUAGGGACGGCGCUAAGUGAGUUGGACGGCUUGAGUCAGGAGGACCUGAACACGCCGCCGCCGCCGCCGACGGGUUCGGACCGAGACGAGGACGAGACGCUUGUGGAGACUAUUUUGCCAAGUCCGGCCGUGCAGGUGGACUUCGAGCGGUUGUUGCAAGAAAUUUGGAAGAAGUACAUGCCCAACAAGCCCUGGAACGAGGACGUGCUGACCACGCCGCUGUUCGACUUGGGUCUGGACAGCCUGACAGCUGUGCAGGUGCUGCAGGAACUGGGUGCUCGCAUUUCCUACAAUCUCGACCCGCAAAUUUUGUUCGAGUUCCCGACGAUGAACGGAAUCAUCGCGCACCUCAAGGACACUGUCGCGACGCAGCAACCAACAUCGGACAUCACAAAACGGCUGGGACUGCACAUUCUGCAUGUCUGCGUCCGGCUUCCGCGCCCACCGGCUGGCGCCAAUGGGCCGGCCCAUGAAGCGGGGGGGUUGGUUGACUUGUUGCGGGUUAUGCAGCAGGGCGAAUCGCUGUUGGUGGCGGAGCCGCCUUUGAGUUUGGUGAGUGAGAUGUGCGCGCGGGAGGGGGAGCGUGUGUGGUCGGAGUGGCUGCGGUACCCGGGCAGUUACUUUGCGCGUCCGUUGCAGUUGGACGUGGCGGGUUUGCUGGGAGAGUGCGUGGGGAAGUUGGCACCUACUGAACGUUGGCAGUUAGUGGAAUGUGUGGACGGUGGGGUUCCAUUGGCGGAGAUGGGGUUGCCGUCGGUGGCAGUGCACGUGGUGGCGCAUUCGGUGGUGCACGCGUUUGCGUUGGCUGCGGCGGCGGAGGUGGCGUCGGUGGUGGUGGCGGUGCAGGCGGUAUGGCCGGAGUGUGUGGCGUCGUGUUUCCGAGCCGGGGUGUUAGCGGCCGACUUGAGGUCGAAGCCGUUUGCGGACUGCGCGAACGGGUUGGUGUUGGGCGAGGGUGCCGUGGCUGUGCUAUUGUCGAAGCAGGCGGCGAGAGAGGCGCUGGCUACGGUCUUGGCGGCGACGCAGGAACCGGCUGCGGAGCCGGACCGGGUGGUGGUGGCGCGUGCACACGCACGUGCAUUGGCGGAGGGGGGUGUGUCAGCGCGCGAAGUGGCGUUGGUCGAGUUGGGAGGGGCGGGUGAGCCGCGUGCGGACUUGGAGGAGUUCGCCGGGAUCAAGAGUGUGUAUGGACGGCGACGGUUCGACAACCCGCUCACGCUCAGUCCGCUAGCCAGUGCUGUCGGUUGGCUCGGACCCCAAACAAGUGCCUUACUCGCGCUAGCCAAGGCAGUUGGGCAAUCGGGCUGCGCCCAAACGGGCGCCCACGGCGAGAGCUACGGCGCUCUACACCCCGCACUCGACACCACUCUCUUCCCCGUUACCUUCAAUCUUGCACCCGCCGGCGCCACCCUCUUUGCACAGUCGACACUGGCCACCGACCACGCAGCCUGUAUACUCGUACAGACACACCCCGAAGCCUGCGCCGCCUUCCUCGCCCAGGCCGAGGCCCAGGCGGACGCCCAGGAAGCCGUCUACGACCGGCCAGUUGAGACCGUAACGACUGACGCGCCGACCGAGGAGGACCCGCCGGCGAAGAAGCCAGCGAAGGAGCUGGUGGUGAGCGAGGCUGGGCGGGUCGAGAGCUGCCGUGCGGUGCUCGACGCAUGGAGUACGCCGCUGCUCACGAGGCGCGUAUUCGCAGCGCCCCGAGGCGAACGGUUCCGCGUCUGUGCGCUGCGGCGCGACUGUUUGGCGGCGGCCCGACGUUGCCGAUUCCGGAACGCGAAUUUCAUCUUCAUUUCGCAAUUUGUGUUGCUGCUGGACGCGGAGAUGCGGCUGUACGGGAGUGCGGGGAAUAAGUCUUCGAAGUUCCGCGGCUUGGUUCAGAAGAACGUCAUCGACCUGAGCGACGACGACCCUCUUAUCACCGAUCUCACCUUCUGGACGGAACGAGUAACGGAAGAGACGACGGAAGGGACUUCGGAAGACACGUGGGAAGUUGGGUCAGGUGGACUCCAACGGUGCCAGGUCUACUUGGGCAAGGAUCUGCACUUGGGUACUCUUGUCUACGAGGUUGUGGAGCGGGGCGCGGUCACACAGCCUUGGUUUGCGCCAGAUGUUGCGGAACAGGCGGGGACGAGUGGGUUACACGACGGCGGCGCCGCGUGGCGUGGGUGUGAGCCGGGUGCUGCGGAGGAGGUCCAGAUUUCACCGGACGCGUUUUACACGGCGGCCAGAACGAAUUUGGACGUGGUGGUGCCUGAGGAGCUCCAGUGGCUAAAGCGGAUCUCCGUUAUUCCGGGGAAAUCCGUUACGGCGGAGUUCUACACAGGCCUGGACCGGAUUGUUUACAUGGAUUGGUCGCUACCGCUGCUGAUGUCUUUACUGGACGACACCUGUGGGGACGCAGCACAGAAAAGCGCAGAACAAAUUCUGGCUGCUUGGACCAGUUUCCAGAGCAUUGUGCAGGUUCGCACGGCCGAGUGGCACGCGUGGGAAAGGCCGUGCGUCGUGUCGGCGGUCCGCACGACCACGGGUAAUGUGAGGGAGUACGCGGUGUACAUGAAUCUCUACCGGCUGGACGGCGUGGCGCUGGGUCCGGUGGCCGCGACCGAACCGGUUUGGAGGUACCGCUGCGCGUCGCUGUCAUCUGGGGAUGAAGCCGUCGACGGUGAGGCUGUCGAGUUUUUGGAGCUUCUGCCGAAAAGAGUUCCCACGGUCUGCGAGGAGUGUGUGUCAGUGCUUACACAGAGAAACGACGGUCUGGUAACAGGCAUGACGGUCUCGACGAAGCCGGAGCUUGUGCAGUUUGACUGGAGAGGCGAUGCCGGUCGGUUCAUUACCAUCAACAAGACCCUGCUGCGCCCCGUCGGGUCCGUCGGUGGUGAGAAGGCCGGUGGUGAGGAGAGGAUGCUGGGUGCGAAGAGUUUGCUGGCGGGGCACAAGUGUUUGUUUGUGAGUCUGCAAAGCUUUAUAGAGGCGACGAAGGUCGCUCAGUACGCCAGAUAUGUGGGCGUGGAAAGCGUGAUUAUUGACUCGGAGGCGGGUGGCAUUGCGGUCUCCGGAACGCUUCCUGAAAGCGUGCAUAUCGGGUCAUUUGGUUUGAGUAAGGCCUGGGCUACGAUUGACUUGGUCGUGUCUGACGUCUGCAAGGAGACGUUCCAGGGUUGCGACUUAAUUCAUGUUGCACGGGAAGGAGAGGAAGGAGAGGAAGGAGAGGAAGAGGAAAGGUUGCAUAUAGUGAAUGUGAAGCAGGUGAGGUUCUUCACGGGGACCAUUACGUCGCUGUACGACUGUGUUGCGUUGUUCGAGACACACACGAAAAAAGAGGCCAUGAAUGUGCGCGUGGAGAGUUUGAACGCAAACCGGCAAGACCUGCACUACGUUGUUUCACCUGUAGCUGACUCGGCGCAGCAUGUGGCGUACAGCUCGGUCGUUGACCUAUGUCGGGCCGCUUGGAUGUUUAGCUGCGAGACGUACACUGGCUUCGUCGAGUGCGAGGAGGGUUGGUGUCAAGUGCAGUGUCGACCCAGCCCAGUUGCGAAAACGCCUGCUCCUUACCUCAUAGACGACGGUUCGAAGCAUGCCGCGAUGCUGAACCGCAUGAUCUUGGUGGCACGGAGGUCCCACCCUUUCACAAUCGAAGUGGACGUUGACGCCGACUGGGCUUCGGCGAUCUGGGCGAAUCUUCCUACACCGACCCAGGAGCUUUUCGAUACAGUGGGGAAGUCGGGUAUGGAGAGGAAACCCGGUAUGCUGGUGAAGUCCGGUAUGGAGAGGAAGUCUGGUAAUGAGAAAACGGUCGUUCUGUCGGAUGGUCCUGAUCAGCCGAAGCCAAAGGAAAUUCGUUUGAGCAACGGGGUCCGGUACUGUUUGGGAGUGAUCGUUGAGGACCUUCCUCGUUGGUUUGGCACCGGACACGUCGAAAUCACGACGACCAAGCUGCCCCGCACCUUUAACCUGUGUUUCGAUGGGAUCCCGAUCCCGAACGGUGGCGAGCAAGAAGGUCUUGUCUCGGACGGUCUGGCGAUGGAAAAAGGUCUGGCAGAGAACGCGGCGUUGAUAGAGUCGGAGUACCCGCACGGUCGCGUGGGUGUGAUUACCGAGUUGCCCGUGUCUGAGUGGAUAGAAUCGGACCCGGCAAGUUGGCGGGAACGGAUGUUGGCGCAGGCCCGGCGGGUGGACGAGAACAUUUCUACUUUUGCGCAGUUGGAGCAGCGGUUGCCGCUGAGGUCGUACAGCGGCGUGGUGUGUUUCGUGGCGAGUUGGAGUGAGCUGGAGAGUGUGGCAAGUGGCCUGAGUGCGGGCUUCAAACCACGCUCCUACCGCUUCCGUUUCCAACUGGACCAGCGGGACCCGUUGAAGCAGCAGAAGGACGCGCAGCAGGGCCACUGGAAGCCAUCCCGUUUGGACCGAUCCCCUUUGGGCGGUUUCUACGCAUUUGGCGGGUGUCGAGAGGAGGCGGGUGGCGGAGUGGCGGUGGGUCUGACGUUACUAUCGCCGUCGUGCGCGUACGUGGGAUCUCUCGACUGCGAGAUGGAAGGCGCGCGUGUGGCGGUGCCGGUGGCGGUGCCGGUGGCGACGGAGCCGGGGCCGUUGGUGGGCGUGACGGGAGUGGGUGUGAGAUUGCCGGGUGAAGUGCGCAGCCUUAGUGCUCUGGCGGACUUCCUGGCGGCCGGCCGGAACAACGCGAUCUCCGUUUCUGGGCGGUUCGGCCCGGCGGAGUUGGCCGCGUGUGCGAAACUGGCCGAGCUCCCGGCGGGGCUGUUUGCGGCGGAGGAGGUUGCGGCUUUCGACAGCGGUUUCUUCCGCACCAGCGACGCCGAGGCGAAUGCCUCGGACCCACUGCAGCGGCAGUUGCUGGAGGUUAGUUGCGAGGCGCUGCUGGACGCCGGGAUCGAUCUGGGCUCCGGCCAGGCACUUCGCGGCGAGCCGUUGAGCAAGACGAAGUCCGUGGUGGAGACCGUGGGAGGCAAGUCCGUAGAGACUAAGGUUAUGGGUGCGGGACGGCGAGUGGGUGUAUACGUGGGUAAGUGUUCGUUGGACUGGCAGUUGUGCGAUCGGGAGUUGUCGACGUACACGACGCCGGGACACGCGGACGCGAUGACAGCGAACCGGUUGUCGUACCACCUCGGGUUCACGGGGCCGUCGUUGUUGGUGGACACGGCAUGUUCAUCGUCGUUGGUCGCCCUCGACCUGGCGACGCGGCGGCUGCGAGAGGGCCAGGAGGCUGGUUGUGUGGUGGCAGCCGCGAACCUGUGCUUGUCGUUCCGCGUUUUUGCGGCUUGUCAGGCGACGGGCAUGUUGUCGCCGGACGGAUUGUGCAAGGCAUUCGACGCGCGCGCGGAUGGCUACGGGCGAGGUGAGGGAGUGUGUGCGAUUUAUCUGGAACGUGUGCGCGGGCCGGGUGAGGUGUAUGCUCUGGUGCGAGGUGCGGCGGUUGGGCAUGGUGGUGUGGCGGCGAGUUUGACGGCGCCGAAUGGGGGGAGUCAGCGACGGUGUUUGGCCGAGGCGUUGGGCGCGAGUGGACUCGAACCGGCGAGUGUCGGAAUUUACGAGGCACACGGGACCGGUACUGCGCUGGGCGACCCGGUGGAGGCGAGUUCUUUUGCCGCCGUGUACCUCAGCGCUCGUCGCGAACCGCUGCGAGUGGGUUCGAUCAAGACCAAUGUGGGACACACAGAGGGCGCGGCGGGGCUCGCGGGCGUUUUGGCCGCGAUCGCGGCACUCAGUCGGCAGACUUGUUUCCCGCUUACACAUCUCAAGCAACUGAACCCGCGAAUCCGUCUCAACCACGCACACUUUGUCACCGAACGUCCUGUGCCCGUUCAGACCAGGGCCGCGGCCGUCUCCUCUUUCGGCUUCGGCGGAACCAAUGCACAUGCGGUGCUCGAAGUCGGGGAGAAAUUGCGGCGCACCGCGCAACGCUGCAAACAAGGCGUAGGACUCCUCUUCACCGGCCAGGGAGCACAGUACGCGGCUAUGGGGAAGACGCUGCUUAAAAAGAAUGCCGAGUUCAGAAACUACGUCGCAGAACUGGUCGCUGCACUCGAGCCCGAACUCGCGCGCGACGUGAAACAAGUCUGGCUCGAAUCCAACGCACCCCGGGCUGGCGAGAACGCGCCGAGAGUUAACACGUCGGGAGUUAACACGUCGGGAGUUAACACAUCGGGAGUCAACACGCCCGUGGCAGGCGCUGCAGGUGGGGCGUACGUGCCCAAGAGCCCCUUUGGGUUCCUCCCCGCCACCGAGCGGGCCGAGACCGACCCGACGGCGCCGUCGUUGGACCAGGUGGGGAUGAGUCAGGUGUGCAUCUUUGUCCUGCAGGCGGCGCUGCUACGUUUGGUCGAAAGCUGCGGCAUCCGUGUGACGUGCGUAUUGGGUCACUCGACGGGCGAGUUAGCGGCGUGCGUGGCUGCCGGUUUCCUGUCCGUUGCGGAAGGGCUGGCGCUUGUGAGCGCGCGCGCGCGCUUCAUGUCGGAAAUGGAGGCCUCGGACGGAACCAUGUGCGCAUUCUUCGAGGGCCGCGCCGCGGUGCAGGCGCUGCUGACGGCGGACUUGCCUACGCUCGCUAUUGCGGCCGAAAACGGCGACGAAAACACGGUCGUGUCCGGAUCGCGACAGGAGAUCGAGCUCCUGAUUGCGCGCAUGGACGCCAAGGCGGGCAACGGCGUGACCAAGUGCAAGACGGUGUUUUUGAACGUGGGCGGCGCGUACCACUCGGCGUUUGUGGAAAAGGCUUCGACGCAGUUUGGCGCCUACGCGCAGAAGUUGUUUGACCGAACAAAGCACACUUCUCAGGGAAACGGACGCAAGUUCUUUUCCACCCUUUUGGGCAAGCAAGCCGACCUCCAGGAAGUGCGCCAAGGCGACUACUGGCGCCGCCAAAUGCGUCUGACGGUGCUCUUCAAAUCAGCGUUUCUGGAGGCCGCCAAAGAGUGCAAACAGUUCCUGGAACUUGGUCCGAGACCGAUCUUGACCACGCUGGCCAAAAAGGCGAGCGCGGAGAUCACUGCCAGCUGCCCUUUGUCACCGCGACUAAGUUACCUCGAAACCAUGGACGCCCUGCAACAGUACACCCGGAAACGCGUGUGUGUGUGGGACCACAGCAAACAGUACAAGUAUGGCGAAGCCCCAGCUCCAGCGCCAGCCACGAGUCUUCCGUCCAUCGGAGAUGCAGAUAUGGGGGAGCUACGAAGUGGGGAAUUGUUUGCGGGGGAGGUGGCACCUGGUGUAGUUGCGUCCGGGAAGGAGGCUAUGGACGCAAAGGCGUUGAGUGUGUUGCGGAAGAUCGUGGGCGCUGAGUUGCCGGGCUCGGUGGAGGAAAUUCGUGAGUUGAGUUUGGCGGACUUGUUUCAGGAUGUGGACAGUUUGCAGUUUACGGAGUUGCGUUUCAUGUUGGAGAACGAGCUGGGCGUGGAGGUGAGGUUCACUCAACUGUAUGAGUACGACACGGUGGGUCAGUUCAUUGACUCGUUCUCGGAUCCGGUGGACGCGUAUGUGGAUUUCUAUGCUGGUCGUAUUUUGCAAGCCACCGGUAGUGGUGACAGUCGUGACGUGUACAUCGUUGGCGCGGGAGUGAAGCUCCCUGGAUUGCAUGAUGUCGAUGUGACUUCGCUGAGCGACAUGCUCGCGGUGGAGCAGGAGUUGGCCCAAGGUGGUUUGCCCAAGCUGUGCAAGGAACUGCCGCUUUCGCGCUACAACGCCUGGCUGAGCUACGCUCCCUAUGCGGAAGACCCCGGCAUGCUCGGCAGCUAUCAGACGGUGGGGAACACGCUGCAGAAGCCGGGCAUGCAAUACGACCCGGCGCUCUUCCGCAUGCACCGCCUGGAGGCAGAAGUUACGGACCCGCAGAACUACCUGUUGCUGGAGUCGAGUCUGCGCUGUCUCCAUGACGCAGGCUUCUGCCUUGGCAGCCCAAAACCUCAUGGCCCGAGAGGUUAUAAUCCAAGGGGCCAGCCGGCGGUGCCGUCGUCGACUGGUGUGUACGUUGGUUGCACGGACGCGGAGUGGAUGUUAAUGGCUCGGUCGUUGGUGGGGGAGGGGAAGCAGUUUGUCGGAGCGGGCCCAAACUCGAGAUUCUGGCCGUUGAGCGGGACGUCAUUUUCAGUGGCGAGUGGGCGUCUGAGUUACGCGUACGGGUUGGCGGGUCCGUCGGUGUCUUUGAACACGGGUUGUUCGAGUUCAAACGUGGCGUUGGCGGCGGCUGUGCGAGACGUACGUGCAGGAGUGUGUGAGUAUGCGUUAGUGGGUGGUACGGCCUUGAUUCUGUCGCAGUACAUGGCGUCAGCGUUUGCGCAGGCGAAAUACUUGACGGACGGCGCACGUUUACAUUGUUUCGGUGCCGAGGCGGCGGGUACGAUCCGUGGAGAAGCGGCAGGGUGUGUGAUGCUGGCGGGUGCAGCAGCUUACCGCGCCAGAUUGACGCAGUCAGCGACACGGUGUCUUGGCGUGGUCAAGGGUGUGGCGGCGGCGAGCAACACGAAGGCGUACAGCAUCGUCUACUUCCAAGGCCCAAGUCAGGAGCGGCUGUUGCGCACUUGUCUGGCGGAUGCGGGACUACGACCACAGAACGUAAACUUUGUGGAGACGCACGGCACCGGCAUCCCGCUCGGUGACGCCGUCGAGGCCGCCGCGUUGGCCAAAGUCUUCGGCGAACGCGCGUCGCUCCACCUCACCGCCGCACAUCCCGUCUACGGACACACCAACGGCGCCCUUGGCAUCGUCCAGGUGUUGCGCUGCCUACUUCAGUUCCGCCAACGCACUCAAUGCCGCCGUCUGUCUCCAGGCGCCGCCCGAAGAUGA